GCCCUCCCCGCCCCUCCCUCUGCCCUCGCCCCCUCCCCUCGAACCCUCCCCUCCGCUUCUCUCCCCUCCCCUCGCCUCCUCUCCUUCCCUGCGCCGGGCGCCGAACCCAGCCGGGCCGGGCCCCAGCCUCGCGCGCUCUCGGCCGGGCCCUGCGGGGGACCCGGUCCCGGCGGCCGGCGCUGCCCCUCCCCCGGGACCGCGGGCUCCGGACCUUCCGGGACGUGGACUGAGCGGAGCGAGGCUGGGCGGAGCGGACCCUAGCUGGUGCCGGAGCGCCGACGUCGGGUUCUGGGCUGAGUGCGCGCGGGCGCCCAGCGCGGCCGGCCCGCUCCGGGCAGGCAGGGCAAGCGGAGCUCGCGGAGCCCUGGCCCGCCGGGGCGCACUGGACAGAGCGAGUCCCAGACGCUGCCGGCCGGGGGCGCCGGGCUUGGGCUGAGGACCCCUGCACCCUACCGGCCGCUGACUUGAGCUCCAGCGCUGGGACCGGCCCGGAGUCGCCUCGGCCGCCCUGCGCCCGGGUCACCUGUGGCCUCGGAGCCCUGAGCCGGCCAGGUCUUCGCUCGCUGCCCACCUGGAGCCUGGUGGGGUUUGAGGGCUCUCGGUCCUGCCCCGCCCCCUCCCUCCCGCCGCCCAGAUGUCCCGGGCCCCGGCGCGGAGGACCUCGCCCAGGCCAGGAGCUGAAGGGUCCAGAGAGAGGAGCCCGCCCUAGGGAGCCUUGUUGGGGGGAGGUCCCCCAAUAUCAUCUUGGGGCUCGGAGAGAACGCCAGCGCCCCCACCCUCGCCGGCUGCCCUUCUGUCACCCGCUCCAGCGCCAGCACGGAGCACGGAGCAGCCCCCCCCCCCCCCAGCUGGAGCACCCUCCGCUGUCUGGAAGACCCUGGCCACCCUCCCUCUUCAGGUGUCAGCCACCUCCAUCCAGACCUCUGCCGUGGGAGCCGGCCGGGAGUCCUACAGGGAAAGCCACUGCCUCCCCCGCUCCAAGGGCGUCUCUCACCCAGAGUCCCUGCAGUGUCAUCGCCCAGGCGGGCCGCGGAGUCCAGGCUCCGGGGGACAUUGGCGCGCACGCCCACUGGUGCUCCCAGUGCUGAGGCCAUUCCUGGGGCCUGAGGCCCCUCCCGCUGCCCCCUGCCAGAGUCCGGCAGCCUCUGCCUCCCUCUGGGGGGCUGCGUUCCCCCACCCAGAGGCGGAAGAGGCGGGGUGGCAGGGGCAGGGGUCGGGGGCGUGGGCUGGGGGCCGUUAAGAUGUGGAGCUCUGCCCGGCCGAGGGGGGCUCCGUGGAGGCAGGCGCAGCGUGAGCCCGGCAGGGGGGAGUAUGGGCAGGCCUGUGGCCACGUGGUAAAGGAUGAACAUUCGGGGGGCCCCGGAACUCGGGCAGCCCAGUGACUACCCCGGCAGCGGCGGCGAGCGGGAGCGGAUCCGGCAGCGCAUGAAGAUGGUCAUCGGGCAGCUUGAGGACAUCCUGCGGGAGCUCAAGGAGGUGGCCAAGGAGCUGAGGGAGGUGGUGAGCCAGAUCGACAGGCUGACCUCGGACUUCGACUUCGACCUGGAGCCGGACGACUGGACCACGGCCACGGUGAGCAGCACCUCGAGCAGCGACAAGGCGGGCACGGGCGGCCCCUUCGACCUGGGCCAGCUGGACUUCGUGACGGCGGACAUCCUCUCCGACAGCUGGGAGUUCUGCUCCUUCCUCGACGCCUCCACGCCCUCGGACUCUGUGGACGGCCCCGAGGCCCGGCCGGGCGCUGGCGCUGACUACCGGCUCAUGAACGGCGGCCUGCCCGUCCCCAACGGGCCGCGCGUGGACACCCCGGACUCCUCCAGCGAGGAGGCCUUCGGCGCUGGCCCGGCCAAGGGCCAGCAGCCCCAGCGGACCCCGGGCACGCGGGAGAGGGUGCGUUUCAGCGACAAAGUGCUCUACCACGCGCUGUGCUGCGAUGACAAGGAGGGAGACGGCGAGGAGGCGGCCGCCGCGGCGGAGGAGGAGGAGGGGGGCGCGCCUCCCGAGCUCCCCUACGCCGAGGGCCACGGCGCCGGCCCCCUCAAGCCGGCCCCCGCUCCCCACAAGCCCCGGCGCCCUCCCUUGACUGGCGGCCGCUCGGGCCCGGCGGCGGCCCCUGACCACUUCAGGAGAAACAGCACAAGGAACAGCAGCACCCAGACGGUGUCAGACAAGAGCACGCAGACGGCGCUGCCCUACACGGCUGCCCGGCAGAAAGCCAAGGGCAAGAACUAGGGGCGGGCGGGCAGGCACAUAGAGCUAUAUAUAUAUAAUAUAUAUAUUUAAAUAAUCGCAGUCAUAAUAAAAUUUUAAAAUGCCGAGGAUCCGGCCCGCAGGCCCCCGGCACUC